UUCUUGGCGCCAGUUCGAGCUGCCAGUUCCAACUCUAAAGGCACGUAGCUUUGCGCGCGAGGUGUUCCAGAUGCAGAUGAAUCAUCUUUUAUCGCAUUGCGAAUCUUCGACACCCGCAGCUGUGAAAAAUAAUUUAAUUCGACUUCAAGAUCGAUUAACUCUUUCUCGGACUUUCUCGCUUUUUCUACAAACCGCUUUGGAAGUGACACGACGGAUGCGGACACGUUGGGUUUCCGACCGUCGGAAGAGAGAAGAGGCAACUCAAAAGAUGAGGAAGAAAUUCUUCCGUGGCUUCUUUUCGCUUCGCGGAAUAAGGAAUAAUCGAAUUGUGGUUGACAUAAAGCGAGAAGUGACUUAAGCGUUUCGCAAGAUAAGACGGAGGAAAUCCUGCACCUCGGCCGCGUCGCUUGCGAGACGCGGGAUUGCAAGUGCGAAGCAUCGUCGCUUCGCUCCGGGCCGUGGAUUACUUAAUGCGCGAGGAGAAGCCACUUUCUCUCUCGAUCUCCCGGCGUAACUCGGUAUUUUCACGACGGCAUAUUAUACCGGUGCGUGACCGAGGUCUGUAUAACGCGUUACAAAACACGCAACCUUAUGUGGGCGCGGUAUGCAAUAUUGUGCGGAGCGAUAGCGAUCGACGCGCGCGCAAAACGUCCAUUCUUCGGGACCGCAUUGCGCCGCAUCGAACGUGUAUGUUCGCGUAGAAUGCGAUGCGUACGAGCGACAGGUGAACGCGUUCUUCAGAAAGAAAAAAAAAAAACCUAGGGGCGAACACGCUAGGAGAAUCACACGCGCGCGCGCGCGCGCGCGAUUUACGACGAUUUACUACGGAUGUAAAGAUCGGACGUACCUUUCUGGUUACGUGUUCGACGUAACAAUAGCGUGCGAUUGAGCCGUGUGCGCAGUAUUUUCAAAACAGGAAGUCGCCGAUUCUGCUUCCCGAACCGUAAAUAUUCGCGUUGAACGCUCAUUUCAGCUCUUAGCUCAUAAAUAGUUAUUAGGACUUGGCCCGACUCAGUACGAAUUAUUGCGCUAGGGAAAUGGGGAACGGCGGAAGGGGGGAGGAGGGAGUACUUAAUGAGAUUAGAUUUUAGCCUAAUUCACGGGGCACAUAAUUGGAUGGACAACAGAAAAGGAGUAAUUCGGAAUUAGAGUUGAAUUAGAGUUCGAGUGAAAUCUGUUUGUAAUUAAGCGACGAGUGAUUUUUCACGUUUGCUGCACGCGAGAAUUGCACAAUUAAAAAAUUCGCGUUUCAUCGCGAGUUUCGUCGCCCGACAUUUUUCGACAUCUGAUGAAAAUUCAGAGAAUCCGACGCCUAUGGAUGUACGGUCAAGGCUAUGGUGGACGGCCAAGGUACUUCAAACUAGGCCAAACAUAAGUCUGAUGUCACUGAGAUGUGAGACAUAAUUACAAACGGUAAUUUCACAGAUAAGAGGAAAUGGGAUACGGCACAGAGAUGGAUGGCUGUGGACGUUUCAUGAAAUAUUCCCUAUUCUUCACGAACUUUGUCAUCUUCAUUGGCGGGAUUAUCGUAACGGGUCUGGGCGUGUGGGCCUUGGUUGACAAAGUGCCAUGGAUAGGCGAGCUCGUGGGGAACGAUUUGUUAACCGGCGCAGUUUACGUUUUACUGGUUGGGGGAAUCGUCGUGGCGUUUAUCGCCUUUUUCGGAUGUGUCGGUGCAGUACGGGAAGUCAAGUGCAUGCUUCUGACAUACUUCAUAAUUGUAUUCUUGCUGUUUGUAACCAUGCUCAUCGGUGGCGUUCUGGGGUAUGUUUUCCGCGAGAAAUUACUUAGCACCGUAGACAGAGAGAUGAAAAGUUCACUCCGACUUUACGAUCAACGUAAAUCCAUUCGCGACGCUUGGGAUGCUACACAAUCGACGCUCCACUGUUGCGGCGUUAACGACUUUCGGGACUGGGGAAGGGUUGGUCUAGGCCUGCCGGACAGUUGUUGUCGAGAAAUUCAACCUGGCCAGCGAUUCCAUUGCAACGCCGGCCCGGACACGGCAAAUCCUUCCAAUACUUGGGUGGAUGGUUGCAUCAACAGUACGCAAAUCUACAUGCAACAACACGCGGCUGUUAUGGGUGGCGCUGGUAUUGCGGUCGCAUGUCUUAUGUUCUUCGGCAUGAUAUUCUCCUGCGCACUCUUUAAAAUGAUCGAAUGACAACGAAACACUAUAGCCUAAGAGCUAUCACUGUUUUUUCAAGAAAAGGACCAAGGAAGUCUUCGAAAUCCACAAAAACAUUCACGUGAUUUACCAAUCAAUAAAAUUAUUCAACGCCAUAAACACAGCUAAUUAUAUCGUGAUAAUCAAAAGGACAAAUCUGAUUGUACAAAUCUCGUUGAUUUAUUACACAUAUAUUAGCAUUACGCAUCAUGAUUACCAUUAUUUUUUAUAUUUUUGUGAUGUAAUUUAUAUAUUUAAGAUAUAUAUUCAUUUAAUUACAUAUAUUAUUAGUAUGAUAAUAUAUCAUAUACUUUAUAUAUCUCGUGCCGUAAUAAAAACAAUAUGUAUAUAAUAUAGCGCAUCUGUACAAACCUUUCCAUAAUCAUUUACUUUUGAUAGAUAUCGAAUAAAGAUCGCUAUCGAAGUUUUGUCUAUUAUAACAAAAAACAUAUUUAACUUUUGUGUUCUAUUUUUCUAAUAUAAUAAUUUAUAAUCACGCGUUCGCAUAUGUAGAGGAUCUGAUAAUUAUAUACUUUAAUUGCAUAUUCCGAAGAAUAAUUAAUUGUUGUAAAAUCAUUUAUCCUGUAACCAACAAUUUUAUUCGUAAGGUAUUAAGCGAUUUAAUCUUGAUAAUUCAAAAAUUUAUAAGCAAUUAUAUUUCAUUAUGGAUUAAGAUUACGCCAGCUUUAUUAGAAACUAUUAUGAUUAUAUGUAUAGAUAUAUAAUUUAUAUAAUAUAAAGAUAGAUAAUUUUUUCAUAUUAAAAUAAAAUUUGAUUAUGUGUAAAUAACAGAUCGAUACAUAUGUUGCAGAGUCAUAUUCACGAUAUUAAAAACUUCGACUUUGACUCUUUAGAAUUGUUUCACAAAAAAAACCAUUCUAUUUUCUAUAAUUUUUAUCAACUUUUAGUAUUUCGUUUUUUCUAUAGGAUAAAUAAUAUAUUAAUAAGUUUUGCUUUAUGUUUACCUUACUUCUAUGUAUUAUUUAUGAUUACUGCAUUAAAGUAUAACGAAAUGUUAUAA